GAAUGCAUGGAUAACGUUGUUUGAGUGUAGUCAGGAGCAAUUCAUCUAUUUCUACUCACACAUAGCAUCAGGUUUUGUCGGAAAGUAUCGUAUAUUAUAUUUCUUAACAAAAUCAUAAAAUUAAGUUCAAGAGAAUAUGAAGUGUUUGUAGAGAUCUUUUUGCUCAUCUACGGAGCUAUUGUAUUUAAUUCUUACUCUUCAAAAUCUCUUUAAACUUUGAAAUAAAUAUUUUUAUGUGUUAAAUUCGAAUUACAUGUAUCUCAUUAAAUUACAAACUCAUUUUAUUUUUAAUAAUUGUCUGUCCGGUUGUCAAACUAUUAUACCUAUAUAAGAAAUUAAGUGAUUCAUAUACAUAUUUCAGGCUAUUUCGCCGGCUAUAUCGCUUGUAAAACACGUUCACAUAGACUUGGUUUCUCAAUACCACUUGCGUUAGCAACCCCUAUUUCUGUAUUCAUGUUAGCAGCUGAGAACACAUGCAGCUUCUUUCUUCUUCUGUCAGAUAACGAGGACAAGUUGACCUGUACUAUCACAUCAUCGAAAAGUAUAACAUUCGUAGUGAUAGCCACGACGGCAUUUUUCCUUGCACAGGCCUUUUCGACGUGGUGGAUUUUAUUCGAAAGUGAUUUCAAUAUUAUGUUGAGGGAAGAUCAGUUAUUUUGGACGCCAAUGUAUAACUCUGCUCUACUUGAACACUGGAUAAUGUUAGCAAGAAGAAAUGAAAUCACCGACAAGGAAAACAGAUAUUUGCAACCAUUGCAAACGGCCAAAAACUCGAAACUUUUUAUAUGCACCACAAUGUACAGAGAGGACGACCAAGAGAUGAAACAACUCCUCGAAUCUUUCAGAUUAUUUAACAACCACGCUUUUAGGACUAAAGGGCUUAAAAUCGAGUUUCACAUUUUCUUCGAUGGUGCUGUAAAGGCAGGAAAGCCGACGGAAUAUCUGCUUCAGCUAGUUGUGCUUUUUGAAGAAGUGUUUGGGACGAACGUAGGAUUUUUUACAAAAAUUGAAACACCUUAUGGUUUGUCGCUUAGCUUGCGACUGCCUUGUGAUCAAACCGAGGGCUCCAAUUGCACAAUCCAUCUCAAAGACAAAUUUAAGGUAAAGAAUAAGAAAAGAUGGAGCCAAGUCAUGUAUAUGAAAUAUGCUCUCGAACAAAAAAUUCAUGGAAACCAAAAUUCAGAACAAUCGUACAUUUUAACUACUGAUGCAGAUGUCAAAUUUACCCCUAAAAGUGUUGAAGCACUAAUAAAUCUAAUGGCACGUGAUGAGAGCGUCGGUGCGGUAUGUGCAAGGACUCAUCCACUCGGAAAUGGGUUGCUUGUUUGGUAUCAGAUUUUUGAGUAUGCAAUUGGUCACUGGUUUCAAAAGGCAUCUGAGCAUGUACUUGGUACUGUUUUGUGUGCACCCGGAUGUUUCAGUGUCUACAGGCUUAAAGCAAUAAACGAUGUCUUGAAUCUAUACGCUACAAAUGUUGAAAAAGCAGAAGAAUUUUUAACAAAAGAUAUGGGUGAAGACCGAUGGUUAUGCACGCUUUUGGUCCAGAAAGGAUGGCGGAUAGAAUAUUGCGCAACGUCAACAAAUAGUACUCAUUGUCCUGAAGAUUUUGACGAGUUUUUUAAACAAAGGCGUCGUUGGAUUGUUUCAACACUUGCGAACCAAUGGCUCUUAAUUAAAGAAUGGAGUUUAAUUAAACAAAACAAUUUACGAGUGUCUUUCCUCUUCAAGAUAUAUCAAAUUAUUUUGCUGGUUUCAACUUUAAUUGGACCAAGCUCAGUUAUUCUUGUUGUUUCAGGGGGAUUGAAGUUUGGAAAAGAUUGGAACUCUUCAGUAACACUUUCGAUACAGGUUGCUGCAAGCGUCGGCUAUGGAAUUAUAUGUCUUUAUUCUUCGUCACGGACACAACUAAUGAUAGGGAAGUUAUAUUGCUGUUUAUACACAUUUUUCAUGAUGAUAGCGCUUGUUGGUACUGCAGUGGAAAUUGCAACUGAUAUCAACGGUCAACCAGGAGCUGAAGAAAGUUUUAUCAGUGACGAUUUAAAAUUAUCAUCGACCAGUGUCUAUUUGAUUGGAAUGGCAGCUAUUUUUCUCAUUACCGCUGUGUUACACCUAUCAGAGUUUUGGAUUAUAUUUUAUGGAUUUGUGUAUCUACUUGGAUUGCCUUCGGGUUAUUUGGUAUUGAUGAUAUACAGCAUCUGCAAUAUAACCGACAGUUCCUGGGGAACAAGAGAAGAUGAACAAGAAAUCUUGCAUGACCAUACAUGGAAAGAGAAAAUUUUGUCGGGGAUUAAAUUUUUGUGCUCGUGUUUUUCAAGGCAAGACAAUCGUCAACAAGUACAAGAAUCAGAAAAUCAAGGCAGCAAUAAAAGUUUAGGUCGAUCUAUAUAUAAAGCUAAAUCGUCUGGUACAUCACAAUCUGGUGACGAUACAAUGGCACCAAAUGAUUGCGUUGAUCCUGUGCAAAGCGAAGAAGACGAGUCUGUAGAAACAUGGUUACAAGAUAUGCCAGAAGAAGCAAAGCUUUUGAAAGAAAAUGGUUUCGAGAAAACUUCUUUUAUCAGUAACAUUAGAAAAGAAGAUCUGAAGAGUAUUGGUAUAAAGGACCGGAUAAAAAUAAAGAAAAUUAUUAAUAUGGUUGAACAACUGAAGGAUUACGAAAUUCCAUUGCAAAUUCCAGAAAAUGUUGAGAGUUGGUUAAAACAAAUUGGUUUGGAACAAUACAAAAACCAUUUCUUUGAGGCAAAUAUCAAAGAUCAAAUUGAUCUUGAAAUCCUAGCAGACUGCAAGGAAGAUGAUGUCAAAUCAUUCCACAUCAACAAGAGAGGUCAUAUCAGAAGGUUCCUGAUAGCCAUAAAAGCAUUACGAAAACCGUCACAUGCUCAGAAAAAACAAGUUGAAGCUUGCAAUGCAAUUGAAGAAAAACGUUCUGAAGAACAGAACAACGAAGUCACAGAUUUCUGGAAACAAGUUGGAGAAGAGUGUCUAAGGCCAAGGUCAACAGUAUUCGAGUCCGAUGAGCAUUUGAAAGUGAAACUUAAGGAUUCACGCGACAUGUGGCUUUUAGUAUUUGCUAUGAUUAAUGUUCUGUGGUUAAUACUUAUCUCAACGUUGGCAGAUAAGGGAAAACUACUUGGUGUGUUUGGAAGUAAUCCGAUAGGGUUUGCGGUGAUAGCUGUUUAUGGUGUUGUUCUUAUCAUUCAAUUCUUUGCAAUGAUAAUCCACAGAAUUUCAACAUUCCUGCACUUCUUGGGUAUUAUUCCAUACAAUUGCGGAACAUCCUAUCAUAGCAAUUUCUUGUUCUAUAACAGUGAUAAUGCUUUGGAAGAUCAAGAUAAUGAAAUUUUCAAAAAAGACAUUCAGGAAUGUCACAGACGAGUAAGUGGAAGAGAACGUCACACACGAGUUUGCGAAGAGUUCCUUUACUCUCUGAGCAAUUUGAAACAUAUUCAUACUUUCGUUUGAGAAAACUAUCUUAAGGAACGUCGGCGGUUCUACUCCGGUUCGUUUGUACCUUGUACCUAAAAAGCACACAGAGGUGCAAAUGAGGUCUCUUUGCACUCGUUAAGCUGGAAAGUCACCAAAUGACCUAUACUGUGUUGGUGUGACGUAAAGCCCAAUAAAAAGAUAUACUGAAACAUGACCAUUUAUAUUUGAAAAUAACAUUACAAACAUCAUUAAAACCUAUAAUAUGUAGAAAACAAAUCUUAAAUUCUCUUCUUCAAUACCAGAAGAUCAAGAGGCAAGCGCUGAUUAAUUAAAUAAUGGGCUUAAAUUCAGCGCUGUUCAAGUACUAAAUUGAAUCAAUAUUUGUUUUACUAUUUAUUUCAAAAGAUUCAAAAUAUUUCUCAUUUUAUACUUCAUCUAGCUUUGAAUAAAUACGUAUGUAACUAUGCACUGUCUAUUAAGAUUCUUUUAGCUUUUAGUUUCAAAAUGCUGGCUUUGGAUUUCAAUGGCUUUGAAUUUAAAUGCGUCCUUUGGCUUCUCUGCAGAUGUAAAUGCACGAAAGAUAGGUUUAGUACAGUUUAACAUGGUUUGACUGUCACAAUAGAUUUCCUGUAUUACUCUGUAUUGUUGUUCUAAAUCAUUUGAAAUUGAAUGACACUUUUCCUGUAUGAUCUCUAUUCAUGUUAGAAUUUGUGACAAAGAAUAUUGUCUUUUACUUUAAUAUAGUGAAACUUAAGGACUCGAGGACAGAUUAAUAUAAAAUGGAAUUCAACUUCUAUUGAAGUUUCACAAUAAAGAUAAACACGUUCAUAUCUACUUAAGCCAUAGUGUAUAUCUGUUUCAAUAAGAAGAUUGUGAACAGAACAUCUAAAAGAAGCGAAACAUUUUCGAAAUUUGAGAAUUUCAAGUACAUGUACAUAAUAUUCAACUGUAAAUUUUGUUUUAUAUGACGAAUAAUAUGUCAAUUUCUUAUGAAGCAUACCUUUGGCACUUCAAUCCUGUAGGUAUUGAUCUUUUAGUCUAUUGACAUACAGAUUUAAAAAAUCAUCAUCGAUAAUUUCAUUUUGGUUCUCCUAAAUAUAGCUAAAUCAAUUACUACAUAACUUUUAUCUGAUAUCUGAAACCCAAAUUUUCCUACUCAUCGUAUCAUAAUAUAGUAGCAUAUCAUAACAUAAUCUUGGAUAUCUAUCGUUUGCUAUUUUUAAUAGAUCUGAACAUCUGAAUGAUCUGAACAUUCAACUUCAAUAGGAGAUGAAUAUAUCAACGAGAUAAGAGUUUUACCAUGAAGCAUUUAAAGCAAUGUAAGACACCAUAAUGUAAUUACAAAGCAGACCAACUGUUUAAAUGUGUAACAGUUCCAGAAGUGCUGAGAUUAUGUAUACAAAUUUUCUUCUCUUUAGCUCUACUGUGUAAUUGCAGGUUAAAGCUGCCUAUUCGAUUAUUCGAUGGUUACUAAUCAAUAAU